AUGUCUGAGUCGGACACUCAGCCUCCCGCAACAAACACGGAAGAAGAGCCAGGCCCCCGUCCACUGCCUGAAUACGAAGCGCCAACGAACGUCCCUGGAAACAUUCUAAACAUCUCGAAUGCCGUACUGGGCAGCCUGAAAGUCGCCCUUGAAUUUACUUCUGUGCCGUUUGUCGCAGAGGCAGCCGGAAUCGUGUGUAGCGUGCUCGAGAUAUGUGAGCGUGCCCAUCAAAUUCUCCAGUCCUGCCAGCACCUUGUGGAAGAAGCCUGUGGGCUUACUUACCUCGUCUACACUCAUUUCGAUGAGCUGUCGAAUUCAGGGAAGAAUCCGAUUGAAAUGAAUCCAAGACUCGAGCGGCAGCUCCGGAGUAUGGUCGAGAGUCUGAACCUCGUCAAGCAAGAGUGCCUUCGAUUAUCGAAACAAGGCUGGGUUCAGAGAGUCUUUAAAUACGGAGAUAACAAAGAUACCAUCGAAACUCUGCGCCAUCGACUUAAUACCUCCACGUCCAUUUUCCACGUGGAAUCAUUCAUCGACAUCCGAACGGCAUUGGACAGGAUGCUGAAGGAAGUUGAGACUCGACAAGCAAAUAUAACCCAAGUGAAGACAACGAACAUCACGUUGAAUGCCAACGAAAAUGCGCGGUUCAACGCGAUCGGCCAGACAGUCACGGCAACUAAUUGCGGCAAUACUUCGACCGUUGUCUACAACUAUGUCAAUGGUGUCUUCCAAACUUCGGCCAGAGACGGCGUCAGAGAGAUUGAGGAGAUUGCAUAA